AUGUCGACUCCACGAACAUAUAAAGUGUAUGUUGGAAACCUUGGGGAAAAUGGACGAAAGGAUGAAUUGGAGAAAGAAUUUAAAAGAUUUGGAAAACUGCAUGAUGUGUGGGUUGCCCGUAAUCCACCUGGAUUUGCCUUUGUGGAAUUUGAUGACCUGCGUGAUGCAAAAGAUGCCAUUGAUGCCCUAGAUGGCAAGCAUGUCUGUGGAGCCCGUAUAAGAGUAGAAAUGUCUCGACACAAGGGAGGCCGUGGUGGUCGAAGUGGGGGUGGUGGUGGUUACCGUGGUGACCGUUCUGGUGGUGGCAGACAUUUUGAGGACAGAGGAGGAGGAUAUGAGCGUUAUGAUGAUCGCUCCAGAUCACCGUAUAGGUAA